AUUAUGACACAUAUAUUAUAGGACGCCUUCUUCAUCGCCGUGCUUUAUGACCCUGUUCAACUGAAAUAUUCUGAACCCAUUCAGCAUGAAAUGUUGAAAAAGUUUACAGUCACGAAAAGGCUUAACUUCAUCAAAAAUCCAUUAAAAACCGAAACAGUUUUUGGCCAGGAAAAUACAAAUGUGAUUACGUCGGUGUUUCUCUGCCCGGAAAGAGCUAGUAAGGGAAAUUGCAACGUAACUGCAAAAAAGGCCAUCAGCAAAAUUCACACUCAGUUUGAUUUGGUUUUGAUCGGAGAUCAUUUAGAUGAGUCAUUAAUUCUCAUGAAAAAUUAUUUAAACUGGUCCAUAACCGAUGUGACGUACACUUCAAGUAAGAACGAGUUUCAUCUUGGUGUUGCGCCAACACUCAUUCAGAACCAAAUCAACAAAAGUAAAAAAUUCGAUCAAGUUAUUUAUGAACAUUUUAAUAAAUCGUUUUGGGAGCAAGUUGCGACUUACAGCCUAAAUUUCAAAGCAGACGUUCAAAGGCUACGAAUUUUAAACCAAAAGUUGAAAGGCCAGUGUCAGCGACCUAAUGGUAUUAAAGAAAGUGGAGAUGGUAAAGACGUGUGUCGUAAAAUGCAAUGGGCUGAUAAGGAAUAUGUUGCGUACUUCAAAAAGAAAUAUGUUGAAGUUUCCCACGAAGGUUUGAAUCUUGGAUUGAUUGAUCUGAAGAAAUCACUUAAGAUCUACUUCAAUAUGACAGUGAAAGAAAUUGAAAAAUACUUUGGUUACAAACAAUGAGAAUUUGAUGUCUGACACCAGUGUUUUUAAAAUUUACUUCCUUUGUUGAACGAGGUUUUCGAAAUUUGAAAGGUGAUGUAGCUUUUCUAUUGAAAUGUGACCUGAUGAAAUGAAAAGAAAAUUAUUCAGUAAUUGCACCGAUCUAAAAUAUCUUUAACACAUUAAUAUACAGGUUUAGCAGGUCGUAUAAAAAUCUCCUUGAUUAUAGUUAAUUAAUUUUUUACAUAAGUACAUUUGUUGAUGAAUUAUUUCUUCAGUUCGCCAUUACGGUAACAAUACAUGACAUCAAAGAUAAAACAGCUUAACGCUAAAUUGUAUAAAUGUCUAUAACUCUCAUAGAAAUAAUUAAAAAUGUUUGAAUUUGUUUUAAAAAA